GUCAGGAAACGUCGGAGUACUGCGGAACAUUCUCAGCAUGAACCCCGCUAGAACCAGACGAUGGUCCUAACGUUAGCCAUCGGCAGAGCCCGAGCUUCUCCUUCAGAAGAAGUUGGAAUGGAGGAGGGUCCAUCGAGCGGCAAAGAGGACGGCGGCGCUGGCGUUUCGGAGCUGCCGGCCGGCAACUUGAGAGUUGCUUCCGGCGACCCCAACUUGUCCCAGAUCAUGAAGGAAAUCAAGUCCUCUAAGUCCCCUGCAGUAAUCAACUACGGCGCUUCUUGGUGUCAUGUGUGUAGCCAGAUUCUCCCAGCUUUCUGCCAGUUGAGCAACAGCUUUCCGAAAUUGUCAUUUGUGUAUGCGGAUAUUGACGAGUGCCCAGAAACGACGCAGCACAUUCGCUACACACCUACCUUUCAUUUCUUCCGUGAUGGAGAAAGGGUGGAUGAGAUGUUUGGUGCCGGAGAAGAGCGACUCCAUGAUCGCUUGUGGCUGCAUUCCUGAAUGUCAAACUUGUUAUGAAUGUCUAAUAGCAGGAUUCUUUUGUAGUCAUGUUUCUUAUAAAACAUAUCUAUAGUUCAGCAGAUUAUGAUGAGUAUUUGAUGCAAGUACUGAUUCUUAAGAAUGGCAAAGAUUAGCUUUCACCUCAUGCAUUAAUGAUAUGUUAACCAGAAUUAGUUGCAUUGAAUUGCUGCCACCUGCUAAAUGCAAGAAUAUAUAGAAUCACAUUGUCAUUUUUUCUCAAUCACAAUGUACGGUAGACAUUCUGAUCGGUAAUUUUGAUGUAGGCAAUAUUUGUGCGCACA